GGUUUUUCCCGAAGUCGCAAAAGUAUGACGUCACAACAUUCUGAUUGGUCACUUGCAAUGUUGAUCCUGGAACAACAUUUUCAUGAUGAUCUGGGACCAACACCAACACGAGGAAAUCAGAUCGACCCCCAGAAGGAGCCACCAAGAUCAAUGUUACUGAGAUGGUGAAGAGCAGAAACUACCUAGCUUUGCGAAGCCGAUCAGGGCGAUCAAUCAUUAAUGGAAACUGGGCAAUUGACUGGCCAGGAAAGUAUGAGGGUGCAGGGACCAUGUUCACCUACCGCCGACCCAAUGAAAUCAGUAGCACAGCUGGGGAAUCCUUUCGCGCUGAAGGCCCCACAAAUGAGAUUCUGGACGUUUAUAUGAUCUUCCAGCAGCCAAAUCCUGGUGUUCACUAUGAGUACAUUCUCCCAUCUGAGAAGCUCGUGAGCCCUCAGCAACCAAGCCACAGGCCAGAAGGGAAUGCUGUGAAUGGAGAGGAUGGAUACGACCAGCAGAAUCAUCAGGAAAACUUUAAUUCAGCUGGCAGUGGAAGGUAUUCGCCUCCUCCCACUGAAAACCAGGUACCCUCCGUACAGCCACCCAGACGUGAGAGAGAAUACAACUGGAAACUGACUGGUGCUACAGAGUGCAGUGCUUCCUGUGGUAAAGGUUUCAGAUAUUCCAUCUUUCACUGUGUCAACCGGCUGACUCAGGUCCAGGUAUCGGACUCUUUGUGUGACAGCAGCAGUCCACAGGAAGAGGCCUGCAACUUGCAGCCCUGCCCAGCAUUCUGGGAUAUUGGAGAAUGGUCAGAGUGCAGCAAAACCUGCAGUCUGGGCAUGCAGCAUCGGCAGGUCUUGUGUCGCCAGGUUUACGCCAACCGCACCCUCAAUGUCCACACGAGCCGCUGUCGACACCUGGAGCGGCCUGAAACUGCCAGUACCUGCCGGCUAAAGAUCUGCAGUGAGUGGCAGAUUCGCUCAGAGUGGACUUCUUGCUCUGUGCCAUGUGGGCUGGGUCAGAGGUCACGAGAGGUACACUGUGUCAGCAAUGUGGGCGACUUUGUUCCUGAUGAGGAGUGCAACAUGAAUCUGCGGCCCAAUGAUGUGGAGAACUGUGAUAUGGGAGCUUGUGCCAAGAGCUGGUUCUACACUGAGUGGGGCAACAGGUGCUCAGCUGAAUGUGGCAUGGGUGUACGGACACGGGGAGUUCUCUGCCUGACCAACCAAAUCAGCAGUCUCCCUCUGGAAGGAUGUGGCAGCGAACGGCCCGCAGACUCUCAGGUCUGCAACAACGGUCCCUGUGAGAAUCGAAUUGAGUGGUUCACAGGACCCUGGAGCCAGUGCUCUGCAGAGUGUGGCACCGGCACCCAGCAGAGGUCAGUGGUGUGCUUGAUGAAGUCAAAUGAAGGAUUCACUGUCAUGCCACCGUAUGAGUGCUCAUCCCUGGACAAACCUCUCAGCCAGCAGAGCUGUAGCCUCAAGGCCUGUGGAGCAAAGUGGUACCACACUGACUGGAGUGCUUGCUCCAAAACAUGUGAAGGAGGUUUCCGUGUGAGAGAGGUGCGCUGUUUGUCUGAUGACAUGCUGUCCAGUGAGGGCUGUGAUGUGCAGUUGAAACCAGAGGAGAAGGAGGGCUGCAACCCAGAGCCCUGCAUACCUCAGAUAGAUGAGAACUGCAGAGACAAAUACUUCAACUGCAAUGUGGUGGUCCAAGCUCGCCUCUGCGUGUAUGAUUAUUACAAGACAACAUGCCGUGCUUCAUGUUCCCGGGUGGCCCACAAACAGUCGACCUAUUGCCUACAAAGCUAGCGCUCUCUACCAGGGUCACUCCGCUCCAUGGUGGUCCAGAGUCAUUACCCCCUGGAGGCCCUCUGGUCCUGUGGCAGCUGGGAAUAAUAGACUGGCUGGACCUUGCCUAAAAUAGGCACUUGUUGUUUUUGCCAACUGUGGAAAGUGAAGAAGGGACAUUUUUGUUGGUUUAUUUGAAGACAGCUGUUAUGAGGGAAAAACGGUGUUUGCCAAGAAUUCACUCACUGCAGAUGUCAGCUGGGGUGAGAGGCAUCAGUAUCAAAGUGGAGAAAACACUUAAAGGAUUUGAUCCGUGUCUUAUUCAAAGAAUCCCUCUUCUUUGCUUCAGUGGGAACAGUUUGCAGGUACUGUUUACCGACAAUGGCUCUUGUGGAUUACUUAUGAAGAGGAGAGCACAAGCUGACUGUGUAACAUGGACCAUAUAUGGUUACACAGCAGAACUCAGAUUUAUGGCAGUUAAUGUAAUCGCACAUGUUAUCAGUUAUUUCACAUCCACUGCUGACCAAAGAUAUGUAACCUCACCGAUUGCAUAUAUCUGUUUUCUGGCAAACCAUGUCUUUUUCUCCCUACACAGCUAUGAGGUCCAAAAGCAGCCUAUGUAAUAUGUAUGUAUAAAUGUAUGUAUGACAAUGUGAAUGAUAAAAAAUGUUUUUCAGGCUUCUUGGACAGCCCAACACACCUAGUAACUGAAGAGAAAGAAAAAUCUCCCUCUUUAUUUAUUUGUGUGGUUCCCUGUUGUUACAUGAACCACCUGUGGCCUCUUUUUAGCUGUGGUGAUAAAACUUUUGUUGCCUUUAAACUAGUUACAACUUUGAACUCAGUGUAGGCAUUUCACAGGCUGCUGAAUGACAGAAGCAGAUAAUCAGAAACCCUUUUGCAUUUUUGGAGAGUUGAAACUAACUGUACAUAUUUCUUUAUUUCUAGUGGGAUAUGAUCAUUCCACACUGUAAUUCCUAUGAAAAAAAAUAUACUGAUUAUCUAUAAUAUAUUAUUUACAUUUGACUCUAAAGAUAAAUCAUUUCAGUGUUUUACAGUUCUUGAUAUGGUGAUACAUACAUCCGGUUUGCAUUUAUAGUAAAUCCUUAUUAGUGACCAAUCUUUUUCUACCAUAAAACAGCCAUUUUCAGUUUUGUGCUAAAGUGCACACAGUACCUCUGAAAUGCUCAGCUCUUGUUGUAAAAGCUAUUAUUGUUUCCCUCCAAGAAAGAUUAACUUACCUCUGAUUCAUAAGUACUGUAUCCAUCUGAUAUUUUGCAGAUAUUUUCCUCUAUCAGAGAAAUAACUAUUUUGAAGUGCCAACAUGAUGGCAUGAUUUUUAAUUUUAAUCUUAAUUCAAUCAUGAAACAACUGAAUUAAGUAUUCAAUAUAUGACCGCAACUAAUAAAACAUCUGUAUUUGCUUUAUUUUAGAUCCCAGCUGUUCCGAUGUUAAUUUUCUUGAGGAAAUUUUCUCUAAUAGGCAGUAGACUUUUCAGCAGCUUUUCCUUGUGAAUCAGUUUCACAUCACAUUGUGCAUUCUUUUUUUUGCAGCAGUUAGAGUUUGGCAUGUAGAGCCUGAGCUCUUCACUCCCAACAAAUAUAAUCAACACAGAAAUUGUGGUAGAUCCUGGAGUGAUGGAGAAGGAGCAGUGCACGCAGUGAUUACUUAGUCUUUCCUAUGAAGAUAUUAACACUUUAAAACAUUGAACUUAAGCAUAACCAUUGAACUUGCAAAAGUGUUUUUGUUUUGUUUCUGGUCGAUUGAAAAGAUUAACAGGUUUAAACUAAUGACAUUUCACUUUGCCAUCUAAUCUGUAUUUAUUGUAUUACUGUAAAUAAAACUAGUGAAGCAAAUUAUUGCUCACAAUAUGAGAAUAGAAUAGAAUUAGAAUAGAAUUCAACUUUAUUGUCAUUGCACAUGCACAGGUACAGGGCAACGAAAUG